CAAGCCUUAUCAGGUGAGCUGCCUCCUCAUGGCAGCUGUUAGGUGAUUAGCAGACUUAGUGUUAAGUCUGGUAGCGUGUGAGCAGGACUUCCGACACCAAUAUAUUUCUUCUCUUCCCACAUACUUCAUCCAGCACAGUGCUUAUAAAAAGAAGCGAAUGCUAAGUUCCCGAGCGGCGGCCUUCAGCGUGAAGGCGCUGCUCACGGCUGCCCAGGAGAAGACUGACAUGACCCAGCAGCAGCAACAACAACAACACCACCACCAGCAGAAACAACACCAGCAGCAGCAGCAGCAACAACAACACCACCAGCAGCAGAAACAACACCAGGAACAACAACACCAGCAACAGCAGGAACAACACCAGCAGCAGCAGCAGCAACACCACCAGCACCAAUCCAACCCCGACACAACUAAUCAAGGUCACACUACGCAUAACUCUUGUACAAUGGUUGAGACCAAAGAUGACUGUGAACAUAUAAACUCGUAUAUAAAGCAGGAUAAUGAAAAGGAGGUCGAUACAGAAAGGCUAACACCAUAUCACAUAUCCCUAGAAGCUCACACGAGGGAAGAAAAUCUUUUUCAUCAGGAUGCAGAGAGAUGUCAACAGCUACAAUCUGAAAACUCAGAAGUGGCUGACUUGAGUAAAGACACUGAUGACGACGAACUAGUGGUCGACGUAGAGAACUGCAACACUCCACCAGUAAGCAACAGUACUGGGGAAGAUACGGUUGAUGUAAGCUUACCCUCGCUCUCUGAUACUUCUGGCAUCACUGUGUGUGCCAACACACGUAGAGGAGCUCCAGUGGAACAACCAGCUCAACACUUUACGGAACACUCUUCCCCUGACCCUCUUCCUGAGUGGCAAAUGUUGAGUGGGUCGUGUCGGAUGAGCUUGGGCUGGAGGGACGGUGAAGGUGUGGAUGACGGGUGUGGUGGUGGUGUUAGUAUGCAGCUACUACAGUAUGACCUCUGGACCAAGUUCCACAACCUCUCCACUGAGAUGAUCAUCACCAAGAAUGGCAGACGGAUGUUUCCUGUAGUCAAAGUUAAGAUUCGCGGGCUGCGCCCUGAGAAGACCUACAUGGUGUACCUCGAUAUGGUGGCCGUCGACACCCGCCGAUAUAGAUACGUUUACCCGAGUUCUCGCUGGAUGGUAGCAGGGACGGGAGAGCCCCUGGGGCAACACACACCUUACAUACAUCCAGACUCGCCUGCUACUGGGGUCCAGUGGAUGGCCUCCCCCGCCGUUGCUUUCGACAGACUCAAACUCACCAACAACAAGACACGCGAAGUCAAAGGCCAG